AUGGCAGAUCCAGAUUUGAAAGGACAUGUCCGUAAGAUUUGCCUCAAUACUGUGGAGGUGGACUACGACUCGGAUGAUGAGUACCAAGAUGAGCUACCUUCAAGAUGGAAAGACCUCCUACCCGAGCUUUCAAAAUUUUCAAAUCUCGAAAACGUUGCUCUACGCUUCGACAAAACAUGCUCGAUGGGUGAUAAUAUUUUUGAGCCUCACCAGUCAAUUGAGUAUCGAGAAAGUAUCCUGCAAUGGCUUGCUACGGGGCUGUCAUCUCUUAAGCGACCAUUGGAAGAAUUGGCGAUUCAGAACCAACAGAAUGUAACACCGUUGAGUCCGGAUUUUCAACGGAUAUUGAGCACGCUGGGUUCACUAAGGCUGAAUGUUGUUCAUGAAUAUGAGCCUGCGGCUCCCGAAACUGAAAUCGAGGUUUGUGAUGUCUGA